AUGGCAGCGCCCAUUAGCACAAUAUCGGACUCGAAAGAGCGUCAAGGACUCAAUCUGAUCGCCGCGCAUUCGCACAUUCGUGGACUGGGCGUUACACCCGACACCCUCACGCCCAAACACAAUGCCGAUGGCCUCGUUGGCCAGCAGCAGGCGCGCAAGGCCGCCAGCGUUAUCCUCCAGAUGGCCAAGGAAGGCAAGAUUGCCGGACGGGCUGUUCUCAUCUCUGGCCCUCCAAGUACAGGCAAGACGGCCAUUGCGAUAGGCAUGAGCAAGGGUCUGGGCGAAGACGUGCCCUUCACCAUGUUGGCAUCCUCAGAGAUCUUCAGCUUGGAGAUGAGCAAGACCGAAGCAUUGGAGCAGGCAUUUCGGAAGUCCAUUGGAGUGCGGAUACGGGAGGAGAGUGAGGUCAUCGAGGGCGAGGUGGUGGAGAUUCAAAUUGACCGWUCAGUGACGGGAAACAACAAGAGCGGAAAGCUCACGCUCAAGACCACCGACAYGGAGACUCUCUACGACAUGGGCACCCGUAUGAUUGACAGUAUGACCAAGGAGAAGGUCAUGGCGGGAGAUAUCAUCAGCAUCGACAAGGCGAGUGGGAGAAUCACAAAACUGGGCAGAAGCUACACGAGAAGUCGAGACUACGAUGCGGUUGGCUCGGAUGCCAAGUUCAUCCAAUGUCCAGAUGGAGAGCUGCAGGUUCGACGAGACACUGUCCACACGGUCUCGCUCCACGAGAUCGAUGUCAUCAACAGCCGGACCCAGGGUUUCCUUGCCCUUUUCUCCGGAGACACUGGCGAGAUUCGGUCGGAAGUGCGAGAGCAGAUCAACACCAAGGUCGCGGAGUGGAAAGAGGAAGGCAAGGCAGAGAUUGUUCCUGGGGUCUUGUUCAUCGAUGAGGUACACAUGCUUGACAUCGAAUGCUUCAGCUUCAUCAACCGAGCUCUCGAGGACGAACUAGCACCAAUCGUGAUCAUGGCGUCAAACAGAGGCUCCACAACGAUCCGAGGCACCAACUACCGCAGCCCUCAUGGACUGCCACUCGACUUCCUCGACCGCGUCGUCAUCAUCUCGACACAUCCGUACCAGGGCGAAGAGAUUCAGGAGAUUCUCAAGCUCCGUGCACAAGAAGAGGAGAUUGACAUUUCACCAGACGCACUCGCCCUCUUAACCAAGAUAGGAUCGGAGACAGGAUUGAGAUAUGCCAGUAACCUCAUCACAACCUCGCAGCUAUUAUCACAAAAGAGGAGAGGGAAGGAGGUGGAAGUUGCCGAUGUGCAACGCUCUUUCCAGCUCUUCUACGACCCAAGCCGAAGUGUGAGAUUUGUCUCGGAGUUUGAGAAGCGUUUCAUUGGGGAGGACGGCGGCGUGACUCUGGGCGCGGGAGCGAAUGGCGCAAGCAACGGUGAUGCUAUGGAAGUGUCAUGA